GUCCCGAGGGGCACUUUAGACAACAGGGCAAAGGGGCAGCGGAUUGAACCCUUAAAACCACCACAAUAUGUCUGCAUGUCCCUGUUUUCUGUCAUUUUAGUGUCCACUGCUUCCUUUUCAUCCUUUCAGCCGUUGUCUGAAUCUGCUACAAUCUGAGACAGGCCAGCUCCACCACCACCGCCGCCGCAUAUGAAGGCGUUAAAUCUCCAUAACAACAAAGAAAAUGGAUUAACACACAGAUUUUAUCCGCACUUUUAACCAACACUCUCUGUUUACUGGGAGUUGGAAGAAGAAGAUGACCCUUUUCUCUUCGCUUGAGGAGGCUUUGCUGCUGUGUGGGGGAGUGGGUUACAUCCUGUGGCGUUUCCUGUGUUUGUAAACUAGACGGUCGUGAAAACGUCGGGCGACUGAAGCUUAAAGUUUUAAUGCUAGAUGAGUGAGGUGGGUGUGGCUUCCCACCAGCCCGACCAUCCUGACUGACGGAUCUCUGGAUGACCUUGUCCCCACCCCUGUCCCUGCGCUCACAUACACCACAGCAAUGUCACAUCUGCCCAGCAGCUCAGUCCGCGACCAUAUGAAAUGGGCGGGGCUGCUUGGCUGCGAGGCUGUCCUCUCCAGCAUGGCCCUGAUGCAGGCUAGCUCCAUGGCCGCUCCGCCCAAAAAAAUGAUGGCUCCACUUGGCCAUGUACCACCGCAGAGAGAUGGACCUGACCGUGCUCCCCAGGGCCAUAUGAUCCUACCCUCUGGAAUGAGCUGUCCACCCCUGGUUAGGACCAACUUCGGAAAUCUUAUCCGGAAGGAAGGUGAAUUCCAAGCUCCCCGCCUGCUGGAUGAGAAGGAGAUGAGGGCCAACGAGGACAUGCAGCAGAAAAAAAAGAACAGGAAAUCAGUUACGCCCUGCAAAGUGAGAGAACAAGAAGGAAGGGGAGGGAAGGGCACAGGUGGAGAUGAGAAUGGUCCAUCAUCCAAAGUGCAGAAAAACUUUAUUUGUGAUCACUGUUACGGAGCAUUUAGGAGUGGAUACCACCUGAAGAGACAUAUCCUCAUUCAUACAGGGGAGAAGCCGUAUGCUUGUGCCGUAUGUGACAUGAGGUUUAUUCAGCGUUACCACCUGGAGAGACACAGCCUGAUUCACACGGGAGUGAAGCCGUACGCUUGUUCCAUGUGUGACAUGAGGUUUUUCCAGCGUUACCACCUGGAGAGACACAGACUCACUCAUACGGGGGUGAAGCCGUACGCUUGCUCCAUGUGUGACAUGAGGUUCUUCCAACGUUACCAUCUGGCAAGACACAGCCUCACUCAUACUGGGGUGAAGCCAUACGCUUGCUCCAUGUGUGACAUGAGAUUUUUCCAACGCUACCACUUGGCAAGACACAGCCUCACUCACACGGGGGUGAAGCCAUAUGCUUGCUCCAUGUGUGACAUGAGAUUUUUCCAGAGAUACCACCUGGCAAGACACACUCUCACCCAUACGGGGGUGAAGCCGUACGCUUGCUCCAUGUGUGACAUGAGGUUCUUCCAGCGUUACCAUUUGGCAAGACACAGCCUCACUCAUACUGGAGUGAAGCCGUAUGCUUGUACCAUGUGUGACAUGAGGUUUAUACAACGUUACCAACUGGAAAGACACAGUCUUACUCAUACGGGGGUGAAGCCGUACGCUUGCACCAUGUGUGACAAGAGGUUUUUUCAGCGCUACCACCUGGCGAGACACAGCCUCACUCAUAUGGGUGUGAAACCUUAUGCUUGCACCAUGUGUGACAUGAAGUUUUUUCAGCGUUACCACCUGGCGAGACACAGCCUCACUCAUACGGGUGUGAAACCUUAUGCUUGCACCAUGUGUGACAAGAGGUUUUUUCAGCGCUACCACCUGGCGAGACACAGCCUCACUCAUAUGGGUGUGAAACCUUUUGCUUGUACCAUGUGUGACAUGAGGUUUGUUCAGCGUUACCACCUGGCGAGACACAGCCUCACUCAUACGGGUGUGAAACCUUAUGCUUGCACCAUGUGUGACAAGAGGUUUUUUCAGCGCUACCACCUGGCGAGACACAGCCUCACUCAUAUGGGUGUGAAACCUUUUGCUUGCACCAUGUGUGACAUGAGGUUUGUUCAGCGUUACCACCUGGCGAGACACAGCCUCACUCAUACGGGGGUGAAGCCGUAUGCUUGUUCCAUGUGUGACAUGAGGUUUAUUCAGCGUAACCACCUGGAGAGACACAGCCUCACUCAUACGGGAGAGAAGCCAUUUGCUUGUGACAUGUGUGAUAUGAGGUUUAUCCAGCGCUACCACCUUGAGAGACACAAGCGUGUCCAUAGUGGGGAGAAGCCUUACCAGUGUGAGCGGUGCCAGCAGAACUUUUCACGGACAGACCGGCUUUUGCGGCAUCGGCGGUUGUGCCAGGGUCGCGGCGUAGCCAAAGUAGAGAAUCAGCCAUGCUGCGAACCACGCCCAUACACCCAAGAACCCCCGCCCGCACCCCAAACCUGGAGUCCCCUGCACCCCCCUCCGGGCCGACUGGCGGUCUGACAUUCCACCCUCCCUACAUCCACAACACCGCCAGAGAAAGGACAAGCCACAGGGUUUCUUCUUCUCAGCUCUGUGCUGAGUGACGCCACACUCACGCGCAGACGGGUCUUGCAGCUCCAGUCUUGGGAUUACUAUUGACAGAGGGACAUUUGUGUUUUUUGUUGACUUUUUACUGUGUUUCCUUUUCUCCCCUGUUUUUUUUUUUAAAAAAAGACUAGACUUUUCUGUGAUGAACAGUGGUCCUGUUUUGUACUUAAUCUAUUUGAUUUUUGCAAAAAAAAAAGAAAAAAAAGUUUUUAUUGUUGUUCAAAUAUAUCUGCAUUUGGUGGUACUCGGGACGGGCUGUAGGUAUUGUUUAUCCUGACGUGUUAGCAACAAAAUGGGAUGAAGUGGUGGUGAGGAAAAGUAUUUGAACCUAUUUCUAAAUUACAUGUGGCCCAGUUUGAAUCAAAAAGUCACUUUGGUCAGAGCUAAUAAAACUGAACUUUCCUUCCAGGUGGAGCAAGGAAAGCACUCUGUUGACAUCUUACGUAGACCAGAUCUUGCUUGCCAUUGUCGCAAACAUAGUGCUAAGCAUUAAGACAUUUCACUGAAGGCAGUAUCUGGUCUAAAUAUGAUUUGAACAAUAUGAUUUCCCUGACUUUAUCAACAUAAGAGGUGCAGUUUUAGUGACUACUUUGUGUAAAUAAUUGAAAAUGUUUAUUAUUAUUUCACUACGGGACUUCGGUAGUAAUUUCUUUUUUUGUGUGCACAAAAUGGGCCAAAAACAAACCGAUCAUUUAGAAAUGGGUUCAAAUACGAUCUGUUGCCACCGUUUCAGUGGAAUCCUAAGGAAACUAUGUGAGUGUGUUUAUUAAAAAAACAAAAACAAAAACAGUAAUAUCAAACAGUGCUUCAUAGCGGUAAACCAGGACUUCCAAGAAGUGGAUGAUGAGGUGCAGCCUGCAGUCGACUGGCUCUGUGUCAGACACCAAGGGUUGGGGUCACGGGAGCAUCACCUGUGUGUCCCAUGUUCUGUGUCGUGUGCUAUGACUCAGGAAAUGGCACAGGAUGGCAGCCAUGGCAAAUCCUCCCACACUUAACGAGAGUUCAGCUGUGUAUGUGUGUUUGUAUAUAUGUUAUAUAUAUAUAUAUAUAUAUAUAUAUAUAUAUAUAUAU